ACUUGACAUUCGGUGCAAAACAAUGAGACAAUCGGUUCAGUGAACUCAAUUGGAGUCCAACCGAGAGUUGAAUCGCUUGACAGCACUAUAAGUCAUAAACAAUGAGUCAAUUCGAGUGCUUCGUAACGAUUGGCUCAGAAAAGCGCGUGAUUUCAUUGGACGCCGGAGUGGACUCACUGUCCGUGCCGUUCGGACACAUCUACUCGCGCUUGAGUCAGUCGUCGGACGUGUCGCUCGAGAGCCAUGUGUUUGAAAUAUUUGACUUCUCGUUCAAUGCCUUCAACCGGUUGUCGAGUACUGAAACACCCGUUAAAUACUUGUCCCGAAUUAGGGUCACACCUAAGCCGGGGGUCACCCCAAUGGCCCCACAGACCGAUACCCGGGUCACACCACUGGCCAAUAAUGGCACUUAUAGUAGUCAUCAUAAGGCUAACCAUAAGGGGUUUGAGAGUAAUCUGAAUAACGAUUACUUUAACCCAAAUCUGGUGUUUGAGAGCCGUAUGACUGAAGACUUCUUUAACACGGAUUUCGUGGCAAACAGACGACGACGAGGAGGAAGAGGGAAACGGACGCCGAAGUCACCGAUUGGUGCGAUUGGAGACCACAGACCUGUCAUUGAAUUGAAUGAUUCGUCCGAUUGUGAGAUGAAUGAAGACUUUUAUAAUGAAAACUUUUAUAGUAAUGAAUCCAUUGAUGAUUACGGCGGCGAUGACUACCCGAUGAGUGGUAGUCACGCGAUGCCAACCCCUCCCCCACCGGGCCCUCAGCCGACGCCAUACUACUCGCGUCGACCCAACCCGAGUGGACCGAUGGCUGGCUUUUCAUGUGCUGACUAUUCGUACAAUACAUACGAAGACAGGCCUUAUUACAGACGCCCCCAUCCCAGCGCUAAUCCCUUUCCCAAUAGAUAUAUGACUUCCCUGACACAACAGUCCCCUAUGAAUCGGUACUUAUGUGACGAUUAUUCUUCGGGAGCCACACGUUUCGAGACCAGCUAUGGCUCAGACGUGGAUAUGAGAGGACGUCCGCUACAGAACCCCUCCUUUGGUUACCCACAGAAUCCGUAUAUGAAUAGAGAAUUGAGUGAAAGAGAUGAUAGGCUCAGCAAAUCGAUGGCUAACCCCUAUUGGAGAGCACCUCAGCCCUCACCACAAGUGCCCCGCAAUACCCAGAAGGACGUGAAGGCAGUGAAUCUGUUGCUCCAAAACGGCAUUUUAUCGCAACGAGAGAAGGGCUUUGAGUACUACUUCUGUCAGUUCUGUGAUCUAAAACUGUCGCCAAUGGCUGAGGCUGUGGAUCACACGUCAACCGUCAGACACCUGCACAACAGCGUCGAGAAGUAUUACGACCCCAUCGACAGACUCUUUCUGUUGAAA